UGCCAUAGGAACGAGUGCUUUCUCUUUCCGUUGGAGGGAAGAGGGCGAUCCACUCAUGUUUUUACCCCCUCGUACAAUCCAGGCGCCUUCCAGAGCUUUGUGUGACUUUAUUACAAUGUUUAGUGGUUCGGGAUUGAGUCAGAGUGGCCAAUGAUUGGCCAUGUGACCUAAUUUCAACCCUGAUGCUCAGAUCUACGAAGGGACUUGAACGCACCGUGAAAUGACAAACAGAAAGUAAAACCGAACUUCUCGGGACUCUUUCACGAAACGAGCUGAGCUCUGGGUUUAUGCUCCAGCUGUUACAGAAGAUCCCUGCAGCGGGUCCGACCCAGGAUGAGGUGGACAUGGAUCCAGAACCAGAGGCUGAUCUCACCGUGGUUCUCCUGGGGAACUCCGGGGUGGGGAAGAGUGCGUCCGGAAACACCAUCUUAGGACGGGAUGCGUUCCAGUCCAAAGCUUCCUUCUGUCCCGGCACCGUCCCCAUCAGAACCGAGGUGGGACGAGUGUUUGGGAAGUGGCUCCAAGUCGUGGACACGGCCGGAAUCCUAGAGUUUGAGGAGCAGAUCCAGUCCCACUGCGAGAAGCUUCUUCAGACCUUCAGACCGGUUCUGUUCCUGCUGGUUCUGAAGGUGGACCGGUUUACGACGGAGCAGAGGGAGUCGCUGGAGGCGGCUAUCAGGGUGGUUGGAGAUGGAGCCUUCAGCUGCUGCUUCCUGCUCUUCACCCACGGAGACAGCCUAAGGAAGACCUCACUGCAGGACUUCAUCUUCCAGGACCAGCAGAGCUCUCUCCCAGAGGUGGCCAGAAGGUUCUGCAACCGGGUCCACCUGUUCAACAACCAGAACCGCGAGGGAUGGCAGGUCCAGGAGCUGCUGGAGAAGGCUGGACUCCUGGAGGUUCCUGCAGCAGCUGGUCCUGAUGUGGAUCGGGUCGGAAACCCUGACAGAUCCGUCAGGUUGACCGAGAGGAGGAUCAUCCUGGUCGGACCUGCUGGGUCCGGGAAGAGUUCUGCUGGGAACGUUCUGCUUGGGUUCCGCCGGUUUGAGCCUGACUGUGACUUCCAUGGAACUGGACGACCUGCGGAGAGCGGUUCUGUGGAGCUGGACGGGUUCCGACUCACCGUGGUGGAUUCUUCUGGACCUUCAGAUGAAGAUCUGACCCUUGACCGGCUGGUGCAGAAGAUCCGGUCCAGCAUGGUGCUGGCAGAACCAGGACCUCACGUGUUGGUGAUUGUGGUGAAGAUCGGCCGGGUGUCCGCCUCUGACUCGCGGCUUUUCCGGCUCUUGACCCGCUCAUUGGACAGGAACCUCUCCAAGCACGGCGUGGUUCUGUUCACCCACGGAGACGCUCUGGGAGGCCGAAGUGUUCAGGACCAGGUCGGGUCCAGCGGCUGUGUCUUGGAUCUGUUGUCCCGCUGUGAAGGGAGACACUGCGUCUUGGACAGUACCAGAACUGGGGACCAUCUGCAGGUGGAGCGGUUCCUCCGCCUCAUAGAACAGACAAUCCAGAAGAACUCAGGGUGUCACUGCAGCCCAGACAGCAUCAGAACCGACCCAAAACCAGGACACGCCGUCUUUAGCAGAACCUGGACCAGCUGGUCCAGAAGGGCCCGGCCUGCUGGGCCUGGCCUGCUGAAGGUUCUGUCAGUACUGGUUCUGCUCCUCAAUAAUCCGACCUAUCGGUACCUUUACUGAUCCCCUCCUGCUCCAUCCAGACUUUAGACACGAUACCAGGCCCUGGUUCUGUUUCCGGACACAUCUUGGCUGGGCCAAGAUCCAGAGUCUGAACAAGAGACAGCCAGAUCGGUACCAGCCCAGCCUGUGAGCUCUGUGGGUCAGCUGAGGUUCUGUUGGAUGUCUCACUGGUUUAGAGCUUUGGAGCCAUGUGUCCGGUUCUGAUGGAUUGUUCAUGGCAUCAAACAUGGUUCGGUAGGACCCUAACCUUAUGCCCUGUUCUGGUGAUUAGAACACCGAACAACAGGGGGACCGGUUUGAGGGCAGAAGUUCUGAGACUGGAUCAAAACCAGAUUCAGGAUGCUCAGAAAAACGACACCCUGUAACCAUAGCAACGCUUACAGUAAACUUUUACUGAUGAAGACUUUAGAUUAGGGGGAACCAAU